AUUGUAUUAUAAUGUUGACCUAGGGCUAUAAAACCAACCCCGGGGCUCGAUUUAUAGGCAUUUGAUUGGGGAAAAAUGUUGGUGCUGUUCUUGUGUUUUCUUCCACUGGCUUUAGCUGGGUAUAUCCCAGGGAAGAAGUGUGGUGGUGUUGUGUGCUUGGACGACGAAGAUAUCCAGUGUUUCCCACAGUACAACUAUUGUCGUUGUAGAGAUGGUCUUUGGGGAAACGGAAGAUUCGCCUGCGUGGAACGUAGUAGUACGUGUCUCUGUUAUCUGUUUGGCGACCCUUACAUCACGGCUUUCUCCGGUAGUGUGAUGGCAGCACCUAUCCCGUGUCGUCAUAUCCUGACUGAAUUCACAACGCCUUCCGGUGUCUAUGUUAAAGUAGCAGCUACUGGUGGCAAUAGAGAUGACAAGGAUUAUCCAGGAUUCGUAAUGGAGGAUGAAGUCUUCUUUAGGGCAUCAAAGGGCAAGACAACGGCUCAUGCUGAUAUUCGCCGUUCCGGAUUCUAUAAUAAAGGAUUGAAGGUACCUUUACCAGUAGCUGAUAAUUUCCCUGAUUUUGGUUUAACGGUUUAUGGAGAAUUCGAAUCCCAUUACUGGCGAUUGGAACUGCCCAGGCAUGCUGUUGCUAUACGAUACAGGAGUGCCGAUUCGUCCAUCACUAUCCAGACGCCAAAGGGCUCUACAUUUGUAAAAGAGAGGCUAUGCGGACAGUGCAGUGAUGGUCCGGGGCAAUAUGAAAAGGAGGCUUCAGCAAUGGACUUAACCAAAAAAGAAUGGUCUUUCUACAAACAAGCAUUUAAUUUGGACACCAAGAAUGAGGACAGACAAGUCUGUAUUGAUUUCGACGCAGCUGUAAAAGCCACCCCAGAAGACAAACAAGCGGCCGGAUUGAAAUUCUGCGGAGCUCCUUUCAGUCAUAACGAUAUUGGUUCGUGUUUCACUGAGGCUUUUGGAAAACCGAAUAUAUUACAGAAAACUGUGGCUUGUUUGACAGACUUUACUGCCGGUAAAACAAGCGAUUGGUGUGCUGCAGGGGCAACAGCUAAAUCUGGUUGUUCUAAUAAGAAGGUAGACUUCUCAAUUAUUGAGAGUCAAUGCAAAUAAUUAAGGACAUCUUGGGUAUAUAUAACGUCUUAUAGAUGACAUACUACUUUCACUUUUAGUUCGUAUCUUGUAUCUAAAGCCGGGUUCAUGUCGCUCUUGCGACGAUCAAAAACUAAUUUUAACUGGGCAGUCUGAGACUGAUCAGUUGGAACAACCCGGGUGACUGGAGCGACAUCUAAAGCUAGAUUUAAAUGGGUUAUCUCCCAUUGAGGAGGACCAAGAAAAACAAAUGAUCAUUCGGAACAACUACCUUUUGUCCGUCUCCAAUGCGCCUCGUAUGUUUCAUAUGUGCGGACAGUUUUUAUCCAGUCUCUGGUGAAAUGAGAUCAUCCGUGGCUGUAAAGGCAAAUCACGUGAUACUACCGCGUGAUUUGAAACCCAUCAUGGCCGCUGUUGACCAUCCUGUUGACCUGAGUCUAGGUUAGAUCUAUUUUAUAAGGCCAACUUAAAGUUAAGUCAAAGGUCACUAGAUGUAAACAGGACUAGCGCCAAUCCAAACCCUAACCUCGGAACUAGCCCUAACGCUAGACUCAACCUCUCCCCCAAAUUCUUAAACCUAACCUACAAUCUCUCUAACAGUCACGUGUGCUAACCUUAUUUACAUCUCAGCGACCUUGACGAAAUCUUGAGUUGGCUUUAACAAAUAGAUCUAGCCCGUGAAUCUAAUAACGAUCAUGAUCAUGGCCAUCCUGUUUUAUCGAUCGAUGUCUACCUAAUCGAAGAUCGAAGACGACAUGAGCAAGCAGGUUUUACUGGUUUCCCAUAAUUUUGUAUUGUCGCAAGGUGACAUAAAUCCGGCUUAACUUACAAACUAUAUUUCUCUCACUGUACAUGAAGUAAUUACCUGUCCAUAUAGUGACAAUAAAAAGAUUUAUUAACGAAAUUACUGUAAAACAAUGUUAAACUAUUAUUUAGACAUAAGUACAUACGUUUCGAGUAUCAUUUCAGUUUUUAAAGCGCAAUUCCUGUCCAUUCUCCCCUGUUUAAAGGCAUUACUCACCAAAUAUGGCUCAUCCAAUGGAUUCAGGUAGUUAAAGCACGUGAUCAAUAGUGCCCAAUCCACUAUUUAUCACGUGAUUAAGCUACAGUUUUUCUAUAGAAGAAUUAUAUGGUUUAAUUAAAGAUACAUUAUGGGAGAUAAGAUAAAGAGAUGGCAGUUGUUAUAAGUAAACGAAUAGCAAAUGUCAGUUCAACUGAAUGGACCCGGGGGCUAACCGUACGUUUUCCCGGGCAUGUAAUAAUGUUGGCGAUAAUCCGGAUAGAAUUUGGGAUUAAAGAUACAUUAUGGGAGAUUAGAUAAAAAGCUGACAGUUCUCACUAUAAUAGUUAAAAACUAGAUAGUGUAAAGGUAAUUUGCUGAAAAUUUCUGUCAAAUUGAUCCACUAGGAGCCGAGAAAGAAGCGAGUGAAAUUUUUGCAUAGUCUCGGUCAUCAUUACUAAAAUCAUUAAUAUAAACGGCAUAGUCUCGAUUAUCCACUUUUUUUUAUUUAAUUAUCAAUGGCCGUUAGUGGCAUAUAGGAAUCUAAUCCAGCCAACAUCGAAGGCUAGCCUUGACAUCUAGAGAUGAUUAUGGUCUGGAUAAGUUAAUUAAUGUCUAAUUGAUAAUUUAGAUAACAUUUCAGGCCUAAAGACAGACUUUAAUAAGCAGAUUUUGCUCUUGCAUAAUGUAUGUUUAAGCUAGGUAAAUUUUAACCUAAAGCAGUGUAUAUUGAAUUGAGUCUCAGAAAAUAAAUCUGGACAGUGUGAGCUUGGCUUUAAAACACAGCAAUGAUUAGAGGUAGGCGUAGGGAUAUGUAAAUCGGAUCCCACACCCCGAUUAUUGAUUCAUUUUCCGUGAGGAAUCGGUCUCUCAACCCACCCCAUCCCCGACUAAAAAUAGAUCUAACACCUUAAUUAUUUACAUGUUGAAAUGGCUUUGUAAACUGCGUAGUUUUUGUUUUUUUUUGUUUUUGUUUUUGUUUUGUUGUUGUUGAUAUAUACUGUAAAUAUUGUCUUCAAGUUUACUCGAUAUAAAGUCUGUCAUCUAA